GUCUGCUCGUCUUUUUGGCUCAUCUGCUGUCGAGACUCACGUGUUGUUUGGAGCUGUUCGCUGCGGCGUUUUCCUCUCGGCUCCUCGGAGCGGUGCGUGGGCCGUUCAUUCUGCGGUGCAGAGUGCCUGCCCACCUGACGGCUGCCAGGCGCCCAAUCGUCGGCCGCAGAGACUCGAGCAACGCCGUCCGAACGGUCCACGUUGGUCCAAUUUCGAAGGAACAAGUGCAAAGCCGGGGAGGUGCCAUGGCGCGCGUGGCCUGCGUCUUUGGCGGCACGGGGGGCAUUGGCGCUUGCGUGGCCAAGAGGUUCCUGCUGGGGGGCUGCGCCGUGGCAGUGUUCUCCCGGCGGGCCGACAGCGUGGCCGCCACCCUGGCCCAGCUGCAGCCUUUUGCCGGACAACAUGCCCCGGUCAAAGGCAUGUGCUGCGACGUGCGGGAGGAAGACAGCGUUCGCGAGGUUGUCGGCUGGACGGAGCAGAACGUCGGCCCCAUCAGGUACCUGGUAAACUGCUCAGGCGUUGUUGUCGACAAGCUUCUGCUGCAGACGACUGAGGCCGACAUGCGUCGUCUGCUCGACACCAACCUGAUGGGGGCCAUCUUCUGCUCCAAGGCGGCUCUGAAGCACAUGCUGAGGCGGCGGGAAGGCAGCAUCGUCAACAUAGGCAGCGUGGUGGGUGACCGAGGCAAUGCGGGUCAGGUGGUGUACGGCGCCAGCAAGGCCGCCCUGGUGGGCUUCACGCGCUCGCUGGCCAAGGAAGUGGCCUCCCGCAACAUCACCGUCAACCUCCUGGUGCCAGGAUUCAUUGCAACACAGAUGACGACGCCCGAACACUUGGAACGGGUGGGUCCUCACAUCCCCCUUGGAAGGGCCGGAAGCGCGGACGAGGUGGCCGAAGUGGUCCACUUCCUCGCGGGCGCCAGCUACAUGACCGGCCAGGCGGUUUCUGUCGACGGGGGAUUGCAGCUGAAGUUCUGACCAAGCCCCAAGGAGGACGGAAAUGAACUUGCGGCACGUUUUUUGUGUCAAUAGGCGUGGCGGCUUUCAUGAUGUGACACUCCACUCGGCGGCAACCAGGAGACAAUAGAGUCCACAGGCGCAAUAUCAAAAGAAAACAAGACACUGUCAUAAAGGUCGCGGUAGCCGCUGAUGGCAAGGAACGGAGGAAAUAAAAAUUUUCUCAUCGUG